CUAUUUCCCAAUUGGAUCAUCCAAAGCACCAUUUCUUUCUUUUUCGAAUUUCCAGAGUUAACAUUGGGCACACGCAGCAAUUAGCUUAUUCCUCAAGAAAAUGUAUCUACCGGACUGGUCAAAUUCCGGGGAUCAAGCAAGAACAACAAUAUAUAAAUAUAAAUACAAAAUUCCCAGAUCAAGUAAUUUAAUUUUUGUGUUAAAAUUAAGGUAGAAUGCAAAAAAAUCCAAAGUGAUGGUCCUUCCAUUAUUGAAGUUAGGAACACUUGCUUUGAAAACUUUGAGCAAACCCGUUGCUGCUCGGCUCAAGAAAGAAGCUGGGUUGCAUCCAAAAUUCCGAAAUUUCAUCAUCAGCAUUGCACAGGCGAAUCAUCGAAUGACAACAACCAUGCAAAGAAGGAUAUAUGGCCAUGCAACUGAUGUUGGAAUACGACCUUUGAAUGAAGAGAAAGCGGUUCAAGCAGCUGUUGAUCUUCUGGGGGAAAUUUUUGUUUUCUCGGUCGCAGGUGCUAUUGUUGUAUUUGAGGUGCAGAGGAAUUCUCGGGCAGAGGCUAAGAAGGAGGAACUUCGUAGGCAAGAAAUGGAGAAAUUGAGGCAACGAGAUGAAGCAUUGGAAAAAGAGAUAAAGGGCCUUAAAAGCAAAAUUCAAGAGCUGGAACAGCUAGCUAGGGGAAAGGGACUUCCUGGUAUGUUCAAUUUCAGACUUACUCAUAUUGAAGAAGGCAAGUCAGCAACAGCAGCAUGAUCUGUUUGCUCAUUUUUGUCUACAUAGGAAUCAUUCUUUCUUUUCAUUCUUUUGAUCCAAGUCCUAUUUGGCUAUUUUUAGGAAACCUCGGCCUAAGCUUCUAACUGCUCACUGUAAAUAAAGUUGAAUCUUGAAUUAGCCAUUGUUAUGAAAAAAUUUGAAUGCUAAAUUUGGUGAAAGUA